AUGGCAGCAGACGAGACAUCCAGGUUCGCCCAUCUGCCGCUGAGUACCAGGGGUGCCAUCAAGUGUGCCAUCACGGGCACGGCGCUUCUGAAUACACCUUAUCUCAACAAAGGAACCGCCUUUCCCCCGGAUGAGCGCCGCCAGUUCAACCUUACCGGCCUCCUCCCAGACAACGUCCAUAGCCUGGACCAGCAGGUCAAGCGAGCCUGGCGCCAGUACUCGUCUCGUAGCGAUGACCUCGCCCGCAACACAUUUCUAACCUCGCUCAAGGAGCAAAAUGAGGUCCUGUACUACAAGCUUCUGUUGGAUCACCUAGCAGAUGUGUUCUCUGUAGUGUACACACCCACCGAGGGCGAUGCCAUACAGAAUUAUUCCGAGCUCUUCAGGAGACCCGAGGGCUGUUUCCUCAACAUCAAAGAUGUCGAGCGAGUUCACCAUGACCUGGCGCAAUGGGGGCACCCUGAAGACAUUGACUACAUUGUUGUUACUGAUGGCGAGGAAAUUCUCGGCAUUGGGGAUCAAGGCGUAGGUGGCAUUCUGAUAUCGGUGGCGAAACUCGUUCUCACUACUGUCUGUGCCGGCAUACACCCGAACCGUACCUUGCCUGUGGUUCUCGACUGCGGUACGGACAAUGAAGAUCACCUCAACAAUGAACUGUACCUGGGAUUGCGACAGAAGCGCGUGCGCGGGGCCGAGUACGACCGCUUUGUCGACACGUUUGUGAAAGCCGCCCGUCGCCUGUAUCCACGCGCAUACAUCCAUUUCGAAGACUUUGGCCUUGCCAACGCCCGCCGUAUCCUUGACCAGUACCGUCCUCAUAUCCCCUGCUUCAACGACGAUGUACAAGGCACGGGUUGUGUCACACUGGCCGCUAUCCUGGCUGGCCUCCACGUGAGCAAGCAAGAACUCACCGACUUGCGUCUCGUUAUCUUCGGAGCCGGAUCAGCAGGAGUCGGCAUAGCUGAUCAGGUUCGAGAUGCUAUCGCGGCCAAGGGCAACAUCAGCAAGGACAAGGCGGCUGAACAGAUCUGGCUCGUUGAUAAGCCAGGCCUGCUUACAAGCGCCCUCGACGUAUCGCCCGCUCAACAAGGCUUCUGUAAGGACGCGGCAGAGUGGAAAGGCAAGGACACAUCGCUUCUCUCCGUUAUCAAAACUGUACAACCUAACGUUUUGAUUGGCACGUCAACUGUGCCCAAAUCGUUCACCGAGGAAAUUGUAAGAACCAUGGCCAAGGGCGCCGAAAGACCUAUCAUCCUGCCACUUUCGAACCCGACACGGCUUCACGAGGCAGCCCCCGAAGAUCUACUCAAGUGGACCGGCGGAAAGGCGCUCGUUGCUACAGGCUCGCCUUUUAAACCCGUCAAGGGGCCCUGGGGCGAGAACGGUUCGGAGGUGGAGAUUGAAAUCGCGGAAUGUAACAACUCGGUCGUCUUUCCGGGUAUAGGUCUUGGAUCUGUGCUUUCCCGCGCCAGCCUCAUCACAGACAAAAUGCUCGUGGCGGCUGUCGAGGCAGUCGCGGGACUGGGCCCAGCCCUCAAGGAUCAAAGGGCCCCGCUGUUGCCGGGUGUUGAUAUUGUACGCGACGUCAGCGUGCGGGUCGCGAGGAAUGUGAUCAAGGCUGCUGUUGCUGAGAAUGUGGCUAUCGAGAAGGACAUCCCCAAAAAUGACACUGACCUUGAUGAGUGGAUUAGGGAUCAGAUGUGGAAACCGGAGUAUCGGCCGCUGAAGUUUGUGGGGAUGGAGGAUGCGUCCAGGGAGGCGAAGGGCCAGAUGAGGGUAGCCGGCAGUGCCAGCCGGGAAGGCUCGUGGUGA